AUGUCAGCGGUGGCGAUGGAUUUUCCGGUGAACGACUGCGCUAUAUCGUGCUCGCCACCGACUAUGCCUCCGUGGCUCCGUCGGAGGCUUUCCGAGUCCAAGACGCCGCCACCGUCUACCAAAUUUUAUGAGAAUUUGUCCAGCAAGGCAAGGCCAAAGCCUAGAAGCCCCUCGCGAUGUUCAUCUCAUGAAGAUGAUCUUGGGCAGCGCCUUGAGGCUAAGCUUCAAGCUGCCGAAGAGAAAAGGUUGAGCAUUCUGACAAAUGCGCAGAUGCGCCUUGCUAAGCUUGAUGAAUUGCGGCAAGCUGCUAAAAUAGAGGCUGAAAUGCGCUUCAGAAAGGAACGCGCUGAGUUGGGUAAAAAGGUUGAAAUGCGGGUUCAGCAGGCAGAGGCCAAUAGAAUGCUUAUCCUUAAGGCUUAUAAGCAAAGGAGGGCCUCACUAAAGGAGAGAACGUCUCAAUCAUUGCUUCAAAGGAUGACCCGGGAGAGAAAGUAUAAGGAACGAGUGUGCACUGCAAUAUGCCAAAAGCGUGCAGCUGCUGAGAAGAAGCGACUGGCAUUGCUGGAAGCAGAGAAGAGGAGGGUACGUGCCAGGGUCUUGCAGGUCCGGAAGGUAGCAAGGUCCAUUUCUAACCAGCGAGAUAUUGAGAGGAAGGAAAUGAAGAACAAGCUAGAAGACAGACUACAAAGGGCAAGGAGACAGAGAGCAGAAUAUUUAAAGCAGAGAGGAAGGGUGCAGAAUUUUGUUUGUUAUGAUUGGAAUAUCAUGCAAGAGCAGGAGGCUGAUAUCCUUUCCAGAAAAUUAGCGAGGUGCUGGAGGAAGUUCGUGACUUCUAGAAAAACUACAAGACAUCUUGCCAGAGCUUAUAUUCAGCUGAAUAUUAAUGAGGGAUCCGUGAAGGGAAUGCCAUUUGAGCAGUUUGCACUUCUUAUCCAGUCAACUGCUACCCUUCGUACGGCCAAAGCUUUACUUGAUCGAAUAGAAAAUCGCUUUAUUUUGUCAAGAACAGCUGGAUCUGCCCCUAAUACUUCUAGUUUGGAUGAUAUUGAUCACCUUCUGAAACGAGUAGCCUCCCCAAAAAGGAGGGAAACACCCAUGAAAAAUGUCUCAAGUAGUGCGGAAAAAAAGACUGCACCCAUUAGGCAAGCAGCCAAAACUCCUGCUAAACUAUCAAGGUACCAAGUGAGAGUUGUGCUUUGUGCUUACAUGAUACUGGGACAUCCAGAUGCUGUUAUCAGUGGUCAAGGGGAGCGUGAGAUUGCUUUGGCAAAAUCGGCUGAGAAAUUUGUGAAGGAGUUAGAGUCGCUGAUUAAGAUAACACUAAAUGGACCUAUACAAGUUUCUGAUGGGCAGUCUAACCGUGUACAGGGAGGGCGUAGGACUUUCAGGUUUCAACUUGGAGAAUUUGACUCAGCAUGGUGUUCCUUUUUGAAUAGCUUUGUGGUGUGGAAGGUUAAAGAUGCUAGGUCGUUAGAAGAUGAUCUGGUCAAGGCUGCUUGUCGGCUAGAACUCUCCAUGAUUCAGACCUGCAAGGUGACUCCUGAUGGAGAUAGUGGUUUUCUCACUCAUGAUAUGAAGGCUAUACAGAAACAGGUCACAGAAGAUCAGAAGCUUUUAAGGGAGAAAGUGCUACACCUCAGUGGAGAUGCAGGUAUCGAACGUAUGGAAAAUGCGCUCUCUGACACGCGAAUGAAAUUCUUUGAGGCAUUUGAGAAUGGAAGACCAAUCAGCCCGCUAUCUACGCUAAUUCUAUCCCCAAAUACUGAUUCCCCACCUUCCCUUGGUAGCUCGAAGAAAACAAAUGAUUUGACUGAAAAUACUCAUAAGCGAAGCCCUGUAGUGCGGUCUUUAUUUAGGGACGAAGUUUAUCCCAAGGAAUUUAGUUCCCCAUCUUCUAGCAGUAGCCCAUACCAAUAUUCUAGUGAGAAGUUGGACAUGGAGAAUGUGAGAAUUGUGAAUGAAUGUAUCCAUGGGGAGAACCUCAAAUUUGUUGAUAUUUCUAAUUCUGCUGAAGAUGAAGACCAAGACAGCAUCAUGGCAAAGGUUAGGGAGACUAUGAAGAAAGCUUAUUGGGAUGGUAUCAUGGAGUCCGUGAAAAAGGACAAGUCUAACUAUAGCCGUGUUGUUGAGUUGACGAGGGAGGUGAGCGAUGAAAUCUGUGCAAUGGCUCCUCAGAGUUGGAGACAAGAAAUUAUUGAAGCUAUUGACCUGGACAUUCUCACUGAGGUCUUGAAUUCGGGUGAAGUGGACAUUGGUUACCUGGGAAAGAUUCUCGACUUUGCAUUGAUCACUUUGCAGAAGCUCUCUGCUCCUGCUUAUGAGGAUGAAUUGAAGGAAAAACACCAGAAAUUUUUGAAAGAGCUGACUGAGAUAUGUUGGGCCAGUGACGGGUCAGAGAAUUCACAUGUUAUUGCACUCAUUAAGGGCUUGCGUUUUGUUCUAGAACAGAUACAGGAACUCAAACAAGAAAUAAGCAGGGCCCGUAUAAGAAUGUUGGAACCUAUCUUGAAGGGGCCGGGGGCUUUAGAGUUUCUUGAAAAAGCUUUCACCAAGCAUUAUGGACAUCCUUCUAAUGCCUUCACCUCUCUACCAUUAACGGCAAAUUGGCUUUCAUCUGUGAAUGGUAGUAAAGAUCAGGAAUGGAGUGAACAUAAAAGUUAUCUCUCCUCAUUGGCAAACAAACGAGAGAGUUCUUCUCGGGGUUUCCUUCCAUCCAUCACUCUUCGAACUGGUGGAAGUUUAUUAGAUAAAGUGAGCCCUAAACCAGCUGAUGCGUCUUCUUCAUCCUCCUAUGCUACAAGUUUGACAGAGAACAUCGAGCGCGCUUCAGAAUGCAAUGGAGAGGAGAUUGAUACGUUGGUGAGAUUGGGCUUGUUAAAGUUGGUAAACAAGGUGCAUGGAUUGGAAGAGGAUGAGCUUCCUGAAACUAUGAAGCUCAACUUCUCCAGGUUAAGAACCGUUCAGUCUCGAGUUCAGAAGAUCGUUGUGAUCGCAACAAGCAUUCUAGUCUUGCGACAGGCUCUCGUGAGUCAGCGAAUGGUAACGAGCCAAGCAGGCAUGGGAAAUCUUCUUUCUAGCAGCGUCGGAAAACUUUCUGCACAUCUUGACUCUAACAAGGAUGCAAGUAUCAAAGAUAUCAUUGAAGUACUCGGUGAAGCUGUGGAGAAGUCAAUUGGCAUGAAGCUCGAGUCAAUGGAGGAAAUUAUGGCAAGAAUGCUGGCCAAAAAUCUGCAGCAAGAGGAUGCUGUUUUUAACAUGGUAUCUCGUGCAAUAUAUUUGGCUGCCAGAGGAGUUGUACUUGGGGGAACUGGUAAAGAUGGAAGAGAACUGGCAGAAACAGCAUUGCAGAGAGUGGGGGCGGCUUUGCUCCUUGAUGAAUUGGUGUCUGCCGCCUCAGUAUUGGUGGCGGCAGCCAAGAUUUCUGUCAGUGUUCAUGGCCCUUGGUAUGCAUCUUUGAUAAAAAAGGAGUAA